AUGCUACUCUAAACUGUCGAAACUGUGGUUGUAGUUGCUCAUCUUGUUUUCACACAUUUUGGUGCAGCAACGUCAGUCAGAGGCACGAAAUCACACAGCUAGAAACAAAACGAAAGAACAAUUUUGCAUUGCUAUUCUGUUUAAAGUUUCUCUUUGCAAUAAAUCUUAACAAUGAGACGAGGAGGUUCAUAAAUAUAAAAUCAAACCACAGUAAGAGUCAUAAAGACAAAGUGUACCAUGAGCAUGAAUGUGGAGUGAAACUUUAAGUCGGGGGGAAGUGUGGGGGGUGAAAACCACACACAGGUGCUUUAUAAAGUGGUCGAGUGGGCUCCUGAAAAGUGACAUUUUGAGUUUCCUCUCAGCACAAUGCACGUCCUGCACAAGGUUCUGCUGCUUCUUGUUCUAACUUGUCUCAAGCAAAAUGCGUUUGGGAGUGAAAUCAUAAAUGGUAAAAAGGCCAAGAAAAAGUCAAUGCAGUACAUGGCGUCCGUGCAAAACAACGAAGGUCAUGUAUGUGGAGGCUUCCUUGUUAGCGAGGACUUUGUGAUGACUGCUGCACACUGUGAUGAGAAGAAUCCUACAAGUGUUGUUCUGGGCACCAACAAUCUCAAGAUGGUUGAUAGCAACACAAUGAGAUACAGCAUCAAGAAGUGCAAACACCCAAAUUAUACGGGUGUUGCAUCUGGGAAUGACAUCAUGCUCCUCAAAUUGUCUAGGAAAGCUCGCCUGGGCAAAAACGGAAAAAUUAAGCCAAUUGAAAUUCCGAGUCAUCAAACAAAACUAAAAAAGCAUCAAAAGUGCACAGUGGCUGGAUGGGGGGCCACGGAGACUUAUGGCUUAACUGUUGACGAGCUGCAAGUUGUGAACGUUCCCUUCAUUAACCUGGAAACAUGUCAGGAGGCGUGGAGAGGUCAACUUCCUGCUACUGCUAUCUGUGCAGGCGGAUACGACACAAAACAAGGAUUUUGUCAGGGGGAUUCCGGUGGCCCUCUGGUGUGCAACGGGAAGCUGGCAGUCGGUAUUGCUUCCUUUAACAACAACAAUACUUGUGACUACCCAGAUGUGCCAAAUGUCUACACUGACAUAGCAAAAUUCCUUCCCUGGAUUCAAGACAUCCUGAAGAAAAAGCAAUGCUACAUACAACAAGCUGAGUUUCCUGCCAAAAUGAUGCAAGCCCUGCACAUCCUCACGCUUUUAUAUGCUCUGACAUGUCUUGGACAAAAUGCACAUGGGGGUGAAAUAAUAAACGGCAAAAAGGUACCGAAUGACUUAAUGCUGUUUAUGGCCUCGGUGCAGAGCAGCGACGGUCAUGUGUGUGGAGGAUUUCUUGUCAGUGAAGACUUUGUGGUCACUGCUGCGCACUGCGACAAAGCGAACCCUACAAGUGUUGUUCUGGGCACCCACAAUCUCAAGAAGAUUAACAAUGCCACCAUGAGAUACAGUGUAAGCAGAUGCAAGUACCCACAAUUCAAGGAUUCUAAGUUUGGUGAUGACAUCAUGCUUCUCAAACUGUCGAAAAAAGCUCAACUGAACAACAGAGUGCAACCGAUUCGGCUGCCGAAGGGUGAAAAUAAACUUAGAGACAAAGCGAAGUGCCGUGUGGCUGGAUGGGGCCGCACAAAAACUGGUGGUGAAAGUGUUAAUGACCUGCAAGAAGUGGACGUGCCUGUUGUCAAUCUGGAGGAAUGUAAGAGAAAAUGGAGGGUAAUGGGACGGAAGCUUCCAAAAAACGUCACCUGUACGGGUGGAUCCGGCAUAAAAAAAGGAUUCUGUAAGGGUGAUUCUGGCGGUCCUCUAGUGUGUGGCGGGAUGGCCGUUGGUGUCGUGUCUUUCAACUUGAACUGCGACUACCCAAAUCUGCCUAAUGUCUACACAGAUACUUCGAAGUACCUGCAGUGGAUCAACAAAAUUCUCAAGCAAAAGCAUUGUAAAACAUAACAUAUCACAGCAUACAUUUAAUGCAUUGCAGGGUACUUCUGUGCUUGCUCAUAAUGAAAAAUG